CCCACCGGCUGCCGUACGCCGGGAGGUGCUUCCGCGGACAGCGGCGGGACGGCCCCGGCCGCGCCAUGGAGCCCUUACUGCCUGUCGCCCUCCUCCUUCUCCUCUUGCUGCUCGUCCCAUUGGCGUUGCUGGCGAGGAGGCCCCGCAGCCUGCGGACACCGCCCCUCAGGCUCCUGGUGGUGGCCGGCUCCGGUGGGCACACAACAGAAAUCCUGAGGUUACUUAGCUGUUUGUCAGAGUCAUACUCUCCUAGACAUUAUAUUCUUGCAGACUCAGAUGAAAUGAGUGAAGCUAAAAUACGUUCUUUUGAACAAAAAAGGGCUGAAACAUUCUCCAGUUCCCAGUUCACCCUUGAUCGCAUUCCCAGAAGCCGCGAGGUUAGACAGUCUUGGAGCUCCUCGGUGGUAACAACCCUGUACUCUAUGCUUUACUCCCUUCCUUUGACCUACAAACUGAAACCAGAUUUGAUUAUGCCUAAAUCUGUCCACAAAUCUCAUGAUCGAUACAACACAAAGCUGUCACUGAGGUUGGAACCUGUUUUAGUUACCCACGAGUCAAGGAAUUCUGCAUCCUUCAUUGAAAUUAACUGCCAUCUCAGAGCUUUUCUCGUCCUCCUUGACAUGUAAAGAAAGAUGAUCUUUUUUGACAGCUACUUUGAAAUUAUGUAUUUUGUUUGCUGCAUUCCUCCCCCUUUCUUUCCAUAUUCAGCUGCCUCUUCUGUUUUUUAAAAUAUCUUUGGAAGUAAUUUUUUGGUAAAUGUAAUGUUAUGUGAAUAUAUACACUUUAAAUUAUUUACCGUAUGAAAAAACUCGUGUUUUACUUUUGUAAAAUGUUUCAUCUCUUUUAGAUACUGUGCAAUGGACCAGGAACAUGUGUUCCUGUCUGUAUAUCUGCUCUUCUUCUUGGGCUUCUAGGAAUAAAGAGAGCAAUCAUUGUGUAUGUAGAGAGCAUCUGCCGCGUGGAAACCUUAUCCCUGUCUGGAAAGAUUCUUUACUACUUUUCAGAUUAUUUCAUCGUUCAGUGGCCUGGUCUAAAGGAAAAAUAUCCAAAGUCAGUAUAUCUUGGUAGAAUCGUGUAACAACAGAAGACAAGCUUCACCUAAAAUGAACUCUGCAAGCUCCUCACUGAAGAAAUGCAUUCAUGUGGCAAUUUCUUUUCAAGGUUUCCUGUCAAGAAAUUAGGCUGGUACUGGAAAAGGAGACAGUAAUAAAGAUAGCUCUAUAUUUAAGUA